GGCGUAACAUCAAAACAUUGAAGUGCGAUCAGGAGAUCUUCUGAAUCAUCCGUACCCUCCCGAGUAUUCCUAUUGUCAAAGCGGCAAAAAUAACAAUUUAUAUCACAAAAUACACAAAAUAAGCAAAAUGGCAGCAGGGGAAGAUCUCCAACCUUCCCUGGAGGUUAUUCGGGAUGUGCUCGCAUAUCCCACGAAGGCUUCGCAAGCGCCUAACCUAGUCCCGGUAUAUGCCCAAAUCUCAUCCGACCUCAUCACACCCUCCACUGCAUAUCUCAAGAUCUCAGCGAGAUCGGAGUCCGACUACUCGUUUCUGUUCGAGAGCGCAGCCGCUGAGCUUCUCGGUCGGUACAGCUUUGUGGGUGCGGGCCCGAAGAAGAUCUUAAAAACCGGAGAAGGCCAUGGCCCAUCAGUCGACCCAUUGCCAGCGCUGGAGGAGGAGCUCGCAAAGUACACAGUUGCGCAUAUCCCGGGACUCGUGCUGCCGCCGUUGACUGGAGGGGCAAUUGGCUAUGUGGGCUAUGACUGUGUUCGUUACUUCGAGCCCAAGACUGCGAGGGAUAUGGAAGAUGUUCUAAAGGUGCCGGAAUCAUUAUUUAUGUUCUUCGACACCAUCGUCGCCUUUGACCGCUUCUACGGCGUCAUCAAAGUCAUUACCUUCCUGCACGUACCAGACGACCUCUCAAAACUGGAAGUAGAGUACGAGAAGUGCCAAAAAACCAUCGCCGAGCUCAUCGACGUCCUCCAAUCCUCAGACACCCCACUACCCCACCAAUCACCCAUCCUGCUCGACCAAAAAUAUACCUCCAACAUCGGCCAAGCCGGCUACGAAUCCCACGUCACCACCCUCAAAAAACACAUCCUCAAAGGCGACAUCAUCCAAGCCGUGCCCUCCCAGCGCUUCGCCCGCCCCACCACCCUCCACCCAUUCAACAUCUACCGCCACCUGCGCACCGUCAACCCCUCCCCUUACCUCUUCUACAUUUCCUGCGCCGAGUUCCAGAUCGUCGGCGCCUCGCCCGAGCUGCUCGUCAAAUCCGAGCUCGGCCGCGUUAUCACGCACCCCAUCGCCGGCACCGUCAAGCGCGGUAAGACGGUCACCGAGGAUGAGGCCCUCGCCAACGAGCUGCGCGAGUCCCUCAAGGACCGCGCAGAGCACGUCAUGCUGGUUGACCUCGCUCGCAACGAUAUCAACCGCGUGUGCGAUCCGCUCACCACCCGCGUUGACCGCCUCAUGGCCGUUGAGAAGUUCAGCCACGUCCAGCAUCUCGUCUCGCAGGUGUCGGGUGUCCUACGCCCCGAUAAGUCCCGCUUCGAUGCUUUCCGUAGCAUUUUCCCUGCUGGGACAGUGAGCGGCGCGCCAAAGGUUAUGGCUAUGGAGCUUAUUGCCGAGCUGGAGAAGGAGAAGCGCGGUGUGUAUGCCGGUGCUGUUGGAUACUUUGGAUACGGCACCUUGGACGCAGAGGGGAAUGAGGUCGAGGGCGCAAUGGAUACGUGUAUUGCGCUGCGCACUAUGCUUGUCAAGGACCAAGUUGCGUAUCUUCAGGCUGGCGGUGGCAUCGUCUUCGACUCCGACCCAUACGACGAGUGGGUAGAGACCAUGAACAAGCUCGGCGCGAGCAUGCAGACAAUCUCCUCCGGGGAGGACCUCUACGCACGCAGCCAAGACAAGGCAGCCGAGAAGGAAGCUCUCGAGGUGGAGAAGGCGAAAAGCUCCCGGGGCCCAUAUUGACUUGGCACUCUGAGUAGCUUUUUUAGAUAGCACUAAUAUUAUUAUGACAUGAAGGAUAGCUUUUUUG